CCCAAUCCCAAAAAGAAGCAAAACCACCACUUUCCUUACGAACCACGCUCCUUUGCCCACCCUUGAGAAUCUGCCAACUCACACACGCAUCGCAUCCACCGAGCCCUAACCUUAUAAAACACAUCAACCCCGAACCUGAGCAAUCGCACACGGAAUCGCAAAAAUGACCCGCGCACAGCAAACCAUCUCUAUUGGCUUACUCGUCACUUCGGUAUGUUGUCUGCCUCUGAUUGUUUGAAUUGGUCAUCAUGCGUUGGGAUUAUUGUGUGCAAAUGUGCAAAAUUUGCAAACACAUAGCACGAUGUACGGCAGAUUAGGGUCGACAUGGAGUUGAAAAGAGAAAUGAACGAAUGAUUGCUGAUCCGGUGAUUUUAUUUAGUUAUACUUGGCGGUUUAUUUGGAGUUAAUUCCUCUUCCCGGAAAGGUUUCUGAGGAGGUUGUUCCUGUGGUACGUUAUGCGUGUGUUUUUAUUUCUACCCCUUCUGCUUCUCUCUUCUUUCUCUUGACGAGCAACGCACCGAGGGAAAGAAGGAUAUGGCUACUUGCACCAUAACCAUUACAUCUCUUCCCGCUCACGAUGCCGAUCUCCCCAUUCCCGAGAGUUGGGAGAAAAUUCCUCUUUCCCCAUCCUUAGGUGAUUCGACAUACGAAUCCUUUCCGUUCCCUCCACCCGCCUCUCCCUCCUCGACUUUAUUCUCGCGUCGUGAUGGCUCGAUCAAAUCUAUAGCCACGAUAUCGAUCGUCAGUCAUAUCAAGAAUAUCAUCGCUGACUUGGUAUUUUUCUUGCGGAAAUAGUUACCGUUCUGGGUGUUGGUUUCGUUUGGAGCAUAUCUUUUGGGGAAGUUGGGCUAUGGCGUUUUCACGUUUAAUGAUGUGCCGAAGGCGCACGCGGAGUUGAUGGAGGAGAUUGAGUUGGCGAGAAAGGACCUCAGGACUAAAGGCGUGGAUGUCGACUAGGUGGUGGAGGACGACGCAUUUCAAGACGAAGGCAGGGCAUUGCGAAGGGAUAUCGAAGCUUAUAUUGGCAGUGGUUUGGAGUCGAAGGGUUGAAUGGAUGGAGUAAUUUGUCGAAUAAUUCAAGGGAUAUUGUUUACAUGUCGUUUCAUCUGCCAUGAGUUCCGAGAUACAAGUGGAGGCUAUGGUCUACAAGCCCAUAUCUAUAAUUUAAUCUCUCUAUCUACAAUAUAUAAU